CCGAAUAGUAAGCAAUUCACAGCAUGUUUAUCAACUCGGUAUGGAGUUACUCGGAGGGCUAUCUUUAAAUAUUUUUACGUUACUAAACUUAUUAAUAUUUAUUUCUCACGUUUUUGGAGGGCGUGAUUUUUAUUCCAUAUUGGGUGUCCCUCGAUCUGCAACCCUCAAUCAGAUCAAAAAAGCGUACAGAAAACUAGCAAAAGAGUUUCAUCCUGAUAAAAAUCCAGAUAACCCUAAUGCAGCCGAAAAGUUCCAAGAUCUUGGUGCAGCUUAUGAGGUUUUAUCAGAUGAAGAGAAAAGAAAAACAUAUGACCAAUAUGGUGAAGAAGGACUGAAAAAUGAUGCAUUUGGUGGCGGAAGUGACCCAUUUGCCAGUUUUUUCGGUGAUUUUGGUUUUUUCACUGGCGGAAGUAAAUCUGGAUCUCGAGAAAUUCCAAGAGGAGGCGAUAUAAUCAUGGACUUGUGGGUCACUCUGGAAGAGCUUUAUUCUGGAAAUUUUGUUGAGGUUGUUCGAAAUAAACCUGUAAUUAAGCCUGCUAAAGGUACAAGGCAAUGCAAUUGUCGGCAAGAAAUGGUUACUCGACAGUUGGGUCCAGGUCGAUUUCAAAUGACUCAACAAACUGUCUGUGAUGAAUGUCCAAAUGUCAAAUUUGUAGAUGAGGAAAAGCUUCUUGAAAUUGAAAUUGAGCCUGGCAUGAAAGAUGGACAAGAACAAAAAUUUAUUGCAGAAGGGGAGCCUCAUAUUGAUGGUGAACCUGGUGACUUAAGAUUAAGAAUACAAACUUUACCCCAUACAAUUUUCGAAAGAAGGGGCGAUGAUUUGUAUACAAAUAUAACUAUAUCACUUACUGAUGCCUUAUGUGGCUUUACCACAGAGAUUACACACCUUGAUGGCCAUAAGGUAGAGAUUUCAAGAGAAAAAAUUACAUUUCCCGGUGCUCGAAUAAGGAAAAAAAAUGAAGGCAUGCCAAAUUAUGAAAAUAAUAAUUUGAAAGGAACAUUAUAUAUCACAUUUGAUGUGGACUUUCCGAAAGGAGAAUUGUCUGUUGAAAACAGAGAAAAAAUCAAGGAAAUACUUAAUGAAGAAUCAAAGACAAAAAUAUACAACGGUCUCAGAGGAUAUUGAUGAUUUAGAUUUAUAAAUUGUAAUUAUGGACAAUUUAGGUUGAAAUAUUUAAUUAAUUUUUAUCUGUAAAUUGAAUGUGGCACGUCUUUCUAGUUCUGUACAGUUAUUUAUUAUUCCUUGUCAUUUCUACAUAAAGUACAAUCAUUUUA